AUCUCCUACCCCCCAAGUGAUGAGGACAGUGAUGACUCUGAGGGAGAGAACCAGGAACUUGCUCAGAUCGACAGAGAGAGAAGACGGAAUUGCACCUUGACCCCUCUUGCCACCAACCAGCUCCAGAACCAGGAGAACCCAUGCUGCAAGGUUCGGGCUCUCUUCCAUGCCAGCCUUGACCGCCACAGCUCGGAGGAGGAGCUGGAGCGCAUCAACCGAGAGUUCGCCGCCGAGAAGCGCAAGUGGUCCCAGGUCAGCAGGCUCACCUGCUGCACUGACAGCAACAACACCUCCUCCAGCGACGAAGAAGUGAAGAACUUGUGCACCAUGUCCUCCCGGCCCGUGGCAGAGCAGGGCGACGGCCUGCACGCCAGCCCGAGCCCCGUGCUCUUCAGUGCCUCCCCUCCCAAGAGACUCCAGCCCGUGGUGCGGAGCCCGGCCUCCAGACCUUUAAUCUUCACAAGCGUGGGGGCAGGCCUGGAGCAAGUCAUGCCUUGUAAGAGACAUCGACAAGGGUGUGGGGAUAAGGUCAGCAGGCCCAGCCUUGACCUGGAAAAAAUGCAGCAGAAGAUGCUGCUCAAGAAGAAUUGUGGAGCGAAGACUAGAGUUAUUAAAAUUCAUAGCAUCAGCGGAGGCCGCCCCCCGCCCCACUUUGUGUACGAUCCAUCCACCUUUGCCUUCCGUCCCCUCAGCACCUUGAAGCCGCUGAGCCCCAUAGCGCCAGUGGAAGAACCGUCAUGUGCCUACUGA